GGCGGAUGUGACGGCAUCACGUCGGCGUGGGGACGCCCAGGCACUUCCGGCCGGCGGCGGGCGGCGGCGACGCUGGGGUCUUGAUCCCAUAUCAGAAACAUGGCUUCAGAUUGGCUGGGCAGCAUUGUAUCCAUCAACUGUGGGGACAGCCUGGGAGUCUAUCAGGGAAGAGUAUCAGCAGUGGACCAGGUCAGCCAGACCAUCUCUUUGACCCGGCCUUUCCACAAUGGAGUGAAGUGUUUAGUGCCAGAAGUCACCUUUAGGGCCGGUGACAUUACAGAGUUGAAGAUUCUGGAGAUACCAGGUUCUGGGGACAGCCAGCAUUGUGGAGACCCACAACAGACAGAAUUAGGCCUACCUAGUGUUGGCUGUCAGGUGGGAAUUAAUCAGAAUGGCACAGGCAAGCUGCUCAAGAAGUCCACAUCCUCCAGUGCCCCCCAGAACAUCCCCAAGAGAGCAGAGAUGAAGACCCAGGAUGUUGCCAUUUCACCACAACAACCAUGCUCAAAGAGCUAUGUGGACAGGCACAUGGAAUCUUUGAAUCAGUCCAGAAGCUUCCGUCGUCGACACAACUCUUGGUCAUCUAGCAGUCGACAUCCAAAUCAAGCAACUCCAAAGAAAAGCGGCAUAAAGAAUGGCCAGAUGAAGAAUAAAGAUGAUGAAUGUUUUGGGGAUGAUAUUGAAGAGAUCCCAGACACAGAUUUUGACUUUGAAGGGAACCUGGCCCUUUUUGACAAAGCAGCUGUAUUUGAAGAGAUCGACACUUAUGAGAGAAGGAGUGGUACCCGUUCCCGGGGCACCCCUAAUGAAAGACCUGCUCGAUACCGUCAUGAUGAAAACAUAUUGGAAUCCGAACCUAUUGUCUACCGGCGGAUUAUGGUGCCCCAGAAUACCAGCAAAGAAUUCUGUACUGACUCUGGGCUGGUUGUCCCGAGUGUCUCCUAUGAGCUGCACAAGAAGCUGUUAUCGGUAGCUGAGAAGCAUGGUCUGACACUGGAACGUCGGUUGGAGAUGACUGGAGUUUGUGCCAGCCAAAUGGCCCUGACCCUGCUGGGAGGACCUAACAGAUUGAAUCCCAAGAAUGUCCACCAGAGGCCUACAGUAGCCCUACUUUGCGGUCCCCAUGUGAAGGGGGCUCAGGGGAUAAGCUGUGGGCGACACCUUGCCAACCACGAUGUUCACGUCAUCCUCUUCCUGCCCAACUUUGUCAAGAUGUUAGAGUCUAUCACCAAUGAACUAUCCCUCUUCAGCAAGACACAGGGCCAGCAGGUGUCCAGUCUCAAAGAUCUCCCCACCAGCCCUGUGGACCUGGUGAUCAAUUGCCUGGAUUGUCACGAGAAUGCCUUCCUCCGAGACCAGCCCUGGUACAAAGCAGCUGUGGACUGGGCCAAUCAGAACCGGGCGCCUGUCCUUAGCAUAGACCCGCCAAUGUGUGAGGCCGAGCUGGGCAUCGACGCCAAGUGGUCCCUGGCCCUGGGCCUGCCCUUGCCCCUCGGUGAACGUGCGGGACGUGUUUACCUGUGUGACAUCGGCAUCCCUCAGCAGGUGUUCCAGGAGGUGGGCAUCAACUACCGCUCACCUUUUGGCUGCAAAUUCGUCAUCCCGCUGCAUUCAACGUAGAGGUGAUGAGCCUGGCAGGGGCAUCCCGGGAUGGCCCAGAGGCUCUGGAGCCAGAUGCUGACACUUAAGAGAACGCCUUAAGGAUGCGAAGCUCCAUGGACAUUGUUGUGUUGUGUUUUGUUUGUUUUGUUUUCUUUAAGGUUUGUUUCUUCUGCAAGAAACAACAUAUUUAAAACUGAAGAGUAACUGCCCUUUGAAGGGGAGAGACAUCUCUGUAUAAGGCUGUCCCUUAGGGCUGAGGUGGGACCAGGGUGUGGGAAGCAUGGAGUGCCAGGCCUGCCACCCAGGGACCCACCCAAUAUGGCCAAGUGGCCUGUUUCUCAGUGGAGGGUUUUUGUUUACAGACACAGGCAGCUUUUGGACUGGGUUUGAGGUUUACAGCCACCAGACCCAACGGGGGCAAGGUAUCCCCAGCAACUCUUUGCUUUCCUCUUUCUCCUCUGGCUUUUCCUCUGCCCCCUAUCCCCAGUCCUUUUUUUUUUUUUUUUUAAUAAGCAGCCCCUGCCUCUAAUCAUGUCAGAUAUGCUGGGGUGCAUUUGUCCUUAUUGGGGGCUGGUUUCAUUUUCCUGUUGCUUUUAUGUUUAUGAUGGUAGCCAGAGUUGAGUUUUCUUUCCUGUCUUCCCUCAGUCCUGAGCCAUGUGGCCCAUGCAGAAAGCUGGUGUCCAGGAGGAAGCCUGGCCAGAUCUUGUCCAUCUGCUCUGCUGGAGCAACAAUUGAACACCAGUUUGUGGUUUUUUGUUGUUCUUUUGGUGUUAAUUUUUUCAUUUUGUCCUUGAUCUGACCCCGGGUACCCAGUAGACAUUUUUUUUUUCUCAAGGGGUCAGUGCAACCUUUAACUUCUCCCCCUCCCAAGCCAACUCUUGGGGAAGGGAGUAUCAUGUGUCCUGUCAGGCUGAUGUUUCCUGUGUUUGGUUUAACCCCUUUGAUUCUCAUGUUUUCAGCACGGGUAGCUUUGGGACAUAUUACUGUAGAGCCACAGUGCCCAUCCACCUCGCCAGCAGUACCCCUCCCUGCCUCCCCAGUGCCCAUGGGUUUUGUAGACUGUGCCAUCAUUGGGACCAAAGGCUAAAGUGAACUGGUCCUUCCACUGCCAUGUCCCUGGGGUUCCUUCCUCACCCACCAUGGUGGAUGGAUGAGGCCAUGUCUCAUCCCCCCGAGAGGAUCUUAGUGCCCAUGCAGAGAAGGGGCAUAGUUUUUGUUUGGUAUUGGGAGUUCCCUUGUGGGAAACUUGGUGCUGAGCCUCUAUCGAGGUUCCUGUUUUGAUUCCAGUACAGGGAGGUGUGUUCAGAGGGGCCUGAGGAGUUGAGGCUGUUGGUGAAAGCCACCAUUCCUAAUUCCAGUCAUUGGGCUUUUCUUACUUAAAUUAGCCAGGCUGUCUGCUCUUCAGCAUCUGCAUCCCUCAGGUCUCUCUUGGGGUGAAUACAGCAGCUAUUUUAUCCAAGAGGAGGGAGGGAGCCCUAGCAGCUAGGGGAAGAUUCAGGGGCCACACUUGAGCUACUCCAACUUUUACCUUUGCCAAGUGGCCUCUCCCCCCAGUAUCUGGGGCCACCCUGGUAUGGCCUGGCUGCCUGGCAGGCUGCUGUUGUGAUAUUUUGUGUGACGUGAUGCCCUUGGUCUCUCUGGCCCUUUGAGGCAGGCUUCUCAUCUCAGAGGUGCCAAAAAAGAAAGAAGUAUUGGUCUAACUAGAGGAAGUAUGCUGGGGGCAGCCUUUUGCCCUGCAGGGUUUACCAAGGAUUCUGUGGACUAUUUCAGCAAGAUGUCUCCCAGUUUUUGCACUUCCUCCUGAGGGUGCUGAUCAGGGAGGCACAAGGUCCAUCUUAAACUUUUCUAAUGCCAGCCUGUGAGCUCUUCCAGCCCUCUCCUGUCCUGUCCCAGCAGCUAGGGGAAAAGUCCCAAAGAGCUUGAUAUUUGGUGCCUUUGGAGGGGAGUGAGAUUUCACAGAGCCAGACAGAUUCAGUUGUCAUUUUGGUCCAAGCUCCAUUUUUCGGAAUUCAGGGUAGGUAGGCAGUGCCCCUCUGGUUUUUUUAAGUCCCUAGAUCAUACUGUGGGCAGAGUAGGGACCUUAGUAUAGAUUGUGAAAAUUUUUCUCUUUCCUGUAACUCAAAGGGUAAUGAUCCUCUGACAGGGAGAGGCCCUCUCCCUGGCAAAGGGCACUAAUGGAGCCAGGGCUGUGAGCUGUCAGCCUGGUCUCUCCCUUCCCUUCCUGGUAAGGGUAUCCUGCUCAGGGUUCCAGAGUUCCUCCCCCUGCCCUAGUCCUAAUUCUGUGGAAUAGCAAACCCAGCUUCCACAUGGCCUAUCCCCCAUCUAGUGUGGAGAAGAGGGCCUGUGCAGAAGCUUCAAGGCUGGUGCAGGCCCCUUGGGAGACAACAACCCCUCCCAUGAAGGGCUUUAGCUAUUCUGUAUGUGACAAAGGAAAGUUUGGGUUUCUUUAACGGAUGUGGAACAUUUUUCUAGGAUGGUGUGGAAAUUUGAGGAUGGGUAGCCCUUUGAAGGGUCUGAAUAGACAGUAAGAUAAGCUACCCUGGGAAGGAAGAGUUUGGGUUUGAGAAGGGUCUCCUGACUGCCUGCUCUUCCUGCUGAGGGAGAGUAGGGAGUCUGGCCCUCAACUGGUGCUUAGUUAGAAAGCUGAGGUGGAGAUCCAUAGGGCCAGCGGGGCUUCCUGAGGGGAGGGGGGACAGCUUUGUUUUCUUAAAAGCAUUUUUUACUCCAUCCUUGGUAGUUGAGGAAUAUAAUCUUUUCCUUAUUCCUCCUCAGUGCUGCUUAGGUUGUCACCUGCCCUAAUUUGUGUUAAAAGGAAGUAGCCUUUGAUUUUUGAUCUCCUUUUGCCCCAGAUAAUUUGACUCUCAAAAACAAAAGCUAGCCCCUCAGAGGUCUUUAUUCUCCCUCUGGCAGUUCAAUCAAGGCUGUUGAUUCUGCCACCUGGCCUUGGCUAUGUCUUUAGCCCCUCACCACAGAGGAUGAGAGGAGACCUCAUAAGACCGUUGAGAUUAUCGCUAGUGCAGCUGCUGAGAUGGGGGUAGGGGAUGACAAAAACCAGCACUAAAAUAAAGCUGAACUGACUGAG